AUGAUGAUGAGCGGUAUUUUAAAGAGGAACAUAGCAGGAGUGGUUGCAAGGAGAGGAUUAGCUACUGAGGUAGUACAGGAGCCAAGACUAAAGACAUUCAAGAUCUAUCGUUGGAACCCGGACCACCCUGCCGACAAGCCAAAAUUGCAAGAGUUCAAGGUUGACUUGAACAAAUGCGGACCUAUGGUGCUGGAUGCAUUACUAAAGAUCAAGGAUGAGCAGGAUGCAACCCUUACGCUGAGAAGAUCGUGCAGAGAGGGUAUUUGCGGCUCGUGCGCGAUGAACAUCGGAGGCAGAAACACGCUAGCGUGCUUGUGCAAGAUCGACACAGAUGUUUCUAAGCAGACCAAGAUCUACCCCCUGCCACAUAUGUACAUCGUCAAGGACCUGGUUCCUGACCUGACGCAAUUCUACAAGCAGUACAAGUCGGUGCAGCCUUACUUGCAGAGGUCGAAGAUGCCAGAGGACGGCAAGGAGAACUUGCAGAGCAUCGAAGACAGAAAGAAGCUAGACGGUCUUUACGAGUGUAUUCUUUGCGCUUGCUGCUCGACAUCGUGCCCUUCGUAUUGGUGGAACCAGGAGCAGUAUCUGGGGCCAGCGGUUCUCAUGCAGGCAUACCGUUGGUUGAUCGACUCCAGAGACGAGGCUUCCAAGUUCAGAAAAGAGAUGCUACAGAACUCCAUGUCCUUGUACAGAUGUCACACCAUUAUGAACUGUACCAGAACGUGUCCUAAGGGUCUCAACCCGGGUUACGCUAUCGCCGAGAUCAAGAAGGCUUUGGCUACCUCCUAA